CUUGUCGCACAAAAAUGACGUAGGUGAUCACGUUCACUCAGCUGGCACCGUCAAAUCGCAGAGGAAGAAGCGGAAUUCAUGCAAAAAUAUUUUUCAUCAUAAUUUCAGGUUCAUUGAGUUGAUAUGACUACAACGGUGCAACAUUAUCAUUAGACGUACACUCUUUGAGCCAGUGCCAGUAUGAAGCCCCUUAAAGAUGCCCAGCUGGGGGCCUUCACCUUCUUCGCCUCAGCUCUCCCACAUGAUGUCUGUGGAAGCAAUGGCCUCCCGCUCACCCCAAACUCCAUCAAAAUCCUGGGACGUUUCCAGCUCCUUAAGACCCUCACUCACCCCAGACUGUGCCAGUAUGUGGACAUUUCCAGAGGAAAGCAUGAACGGCUGAUUGUUGUUGCUGAACACUAUGAAAGCAAUUUAAGUGAUUUCCAAAAACAUGGGAAAACCACCAGCCCACAGAAGGUGCUGCAGUUGGCCUACGAGGUCCUUGAAGGUCUGGAGUUUAUGAACAAACAUGGCAUGGUGCACAGAGCCCUCAGCCCACACAAUGUGCUCAUGGACUGCAAGGGGAAUGUCAAGCUGGCAAAGUUUGGCCUUUAUCAUAUGACGGAUCAUGGAGCUGAUGUAGAUUUUCCCAUUGGGUACCCAUCAUACCUUGCUCCAGAGGUGAUUGCACAGGGUUCUUUUCACCCUAGUGACCCAGCCCAUGAUGAGGGUCCUCUGCCUUCUGGACCAAAGACCGAUGUCUGGUCACUGGGGGUGUUGCUUUUUGAAUUGUGUACAGGUAGACGACUCCUACAGAAUAUUGAUAUAGCCAAGAGACUGAAAUUUAUUCUAACCUUGGGUUGUAUGGAUGACAUAGUCACUGUCCUUGCUGAGGAACAUGGUUGCCUGGAUUUGAUUAAGGACCUGCCUGAGAAUGUGCUUGAGUUAUUAAGGAAAUGCUUGACCUUUCGUCCAUCCAAACGGCCAACACCUGCGGAGCUGCUGAGAGAUCUCGUGUUCAGCGACGUCUCUUGUUUUUAUACUUCCUUCCAGAAACCCGUUAGCCUUUUCUCCUCUUCCCUUCGCUGUGCACAUCUGGAGCUCCCAGAGGACAUCAGUGACCUUUGCAAAGAUGAUGGUGAUGAUGACUACCUGUCAGAGCGGGCUAUUGAUGAGGUGUAUCAUCUAUGGUGCCUGGCUGGUGGUGACCUGGAGAAGGAGCUCACCAACAAGGAGAUCAUACAGUCAAAACCUCCAGUCUGCACUUUGUCAAACUUUGUUUUGGAAGAUGGAGAGUCAUUUGGCCAGGGAAGGGACCGGAGCUUCUUGCUAGACGACACUACAGUGACUCUAUCAUUGUGCCAGCUCAGAAAUAGGCUGAAGGAUGUAGCAGGAGAAGCCUAUUACCCUCUGCUGGAAGACGAACAGUCAAGUCUGCCCCAGUCGAACAGCAGCAAUGAGCUGUCAUCCACCGUCACGCUGCCACUCAUCAUCCGCGAGAGAGACACCGAGUACCAACUCAUCCGCAUCAUCCUCUUUGACAGGCUGCUCAAGGCAUAUCCAUACAAGAAGAACCUAGUGUGGAAAGAGGCCAGAGUGGAUAUUCCUCCUCUUGUUCGAGGAUUGGCGUGGGCUGCACUGCUGGGCAUUGAGGGAGACAUUCAAGCCAAAUAUGAGAGUAUAGACAAGGACACUCCAAUUCCGACCGACAGACAGAUUGAGGUGGACAUCCCGCGCUGCCAUCAGUACGAUGAGCUGUUGUCGUCUCCUCAGGGCCACGUGAAGUUCAGGCGUGUGUUGAAAGCCUGGGUGGUUUCCCACCCCGACCUGGUCUACUGGCAGGGUUUAGAUUCACUGUGUGCUCCAUUCCUUUAUUUGAAUUUCAACAAUGAAGCCCUGGCCUACGCCUGCAUGUCUGCCUUCAUCCCUAAAUACUUGUACAACUUCUUCCUGAAGGACAAUUCCCAUGUCAUCCAAGAAUACUUGACUGUCUUCUCCCAAAUGAUUGCCUUUCAUGACCCAGAACUGAGCAACCAUCUAAAUGAGAUUGGUUUCAUCCCAGAUCUUUACGCCAUCCCAUGGUUCCUGACUAUGUUCACACAUGUGUUUCCGCUUCACAAGAUCUUCCACCUGUGGGACACGCUGCUGCUGGGUAACUCGUCCUUCCCCUUCUGCAUCGGCGUGGCCAUUCUGCAGCAGCUCAGGGAUCGUCUUCUGGCUAAUGGCUUCAACGAGUGCAUCCUUCUCUUCUCUGACCUGCCAGAAAUUGACAUCGAGCGCUGUGUCCAUGAGUCCAUCAACCUCUUCUGCUGGACUCCGAAGAGCACUACGUACCGGCAGCACGCGCAGCCGCCCAAGGGUUCUGGGGAUAGUAGUUUUGGGAAAACGGCAACGUACUACUCAUCUGACUAUCAGGACACGCCCAAGACAGACCUGUCUCGGGAGCCUUUGGCUUUGUGUGACCUGAAAGCAGAAGUGUCCCCCAGGAUCUCAGCCGAGGAUUUAAUCGACCUCUGUGAGCUGUCGCUGGCCGGGCCCACCAAGAGGACCAAAGCUGGCAGGCCCAAAAUUGUUGCCGUCGACAUUCGCAGUGUAGAGGACUUCAACAGAGGCCAUAUUUCUGGCAGCAUCAACAUUCCCUUCAACACAACGUUCAGCCCUGAUGGGGAGCUGCUGCAGUGUCCUGCCACGGGCCUCCUCCAGAACUACAGAGGACGCGUCAUUGUGGUCAUUAGCCAUGCCAUGAAGAGCGCCGCUAUGUUUGCAACACACUUGGUGAAAGUAAAUUUGCUUCGGGUUUGUGUACUGGAUGGAGGAAUCAACAAGAUGAAGCCCACAGGACUGCUGACUGUCCCCUCGCCCCAGAUCUGAGGACACUUUUCACCUUCACAGCAACGAGGAACUGUUCACAACUGUUUUCAUCUUUUGACAUGAUCUAGUUGUGUAAAAUGUCCAAAUACAUUAACAUAACUGUUCUUAAUCCUGUUUCAUUCAUUAGGAUGCUCACAGGCCAGGUCCUUAUGAAGUGUUUUAAGUCAUUUACACUGCUGCUGUACAAGCUGUCUUGUCUGUUGUCUGUUUAGAGCCACUGGAUCUAUGAAAAUGUACUGUACUAACCAUAAAAGAAUUAACAUUUG